AUGAAGGUCCUGAUAAUAUUGAAAUUAUCAAGAAAUAAACUAUCAGGUCAUAUCCCAGAAACAAUUGGUGGGCUCGUAUCACUAGUCACUCUCUGUUUGGAAGUCAAUCAAUUAGAAGGCUCGAUUCCUAUAUCUUUUGGUGGAUUAGUAAGCUUGGAGUUGUUAGAUCUUGUUGGUAACAACUUAUCUAGAGAGAUACCCAAGUCCUUAGAAGUGCUACGGUACCUCAAAUAUCUAAAUGUCUCAUACGAUAAACUACGAGGAGAGAUUCCAACACAAGGACCAUUUGUUAACUUCUCAGCUGAAUCAUUCAUGUCAAAUGAUGCGCUUUGUGGUGUGAUUAGGCUGAAUGUUCCUCCAUACAAAGAAGCUUCUCUUGGACCAAGAAGGGCAAUGGGGGUGCGUAUACUAAAAUAUGUACUGCCCACAUUGGGGUUAACGAUACUUGUAGUAUCCGUUGUACUAGUCUCAAGAAAAUUCCAUGGUAAGAAGAAUUCAAAACUUUCCAACAACAAAGACUCAAUGCCUUUAUCAACAUGGAAAAGAAUUUCCCACCAGCAACUUUUACAAGCCGCAGAAUGGUUCAGUGUAAACGACUUAGUUGGAGAAGGGUGUUUCGGCAUAGUUUAUAAAGGGACACUCUUAGAUGGGACAUAUGUUGCGAUAAAAGUUCUAAACUUGGAACUAGAAGGUGCAUUCAAAAGUUUUGACAUAGAAUGCGAGAUAUUACGACACGUUCAUCAUCGAAAUCUUGUCAAAAUCAUUACCGUUUGUAGUAACAUUGACUUCAAAGCACUUGUUUUGGAAUACAUGUCUAAAGGGAACCUAGAGAUGUGGCUGUAUUCUAACACCCAUUGCUUGAAUAUGCUACAAAGGCUAAAUAUGAUGAUUGAUGUGGCAUCAACACUUGAAUACCUUCAUUUUGGUUAUUCAACACCUAUUGUUCAUUGUGAUUUGAAGCCGAGCAAUAUCUUAUUUGAUGAAGAUAUGGUUGGACAUAUUGCUGAUUUUAGCAUCGCCAAGCUCCUAAGUGAUGGAACUUCUCUCACGCAAACAAUGACCAUGGCUACAAUUGGGUAUAUGGCACCAAAGUAUGGAUCUGAAGGAAUUGUAUCUACAAGAGGUGAUGUGUAUAGCUGUAGAAUCUUAUUGAUGGAAACUGUCACAAGAAAGAAGCUCAUUGAUGAUAUAUUUGCCGGCGAAAUGAGCUUAAUUAAAGCGUUUAGUAGAGGAAUCAUUUUUGCUUUAGAUACUUGA